AUGCGCACCCUCGCUCGAGCGCCCGCGGCGCGAUGUGUCUCCAUCCAACGCUCUCGUGACCGUGACGUCGUGAAGAACGCGCGCGUGGCGACGCCGCGAGCAACGAUUGUUCCGAGAGGUUUUCGACCCAACGCUCGUGCCUCGUCGCGCGCCGGCGUCGUCCUCGAUCGCUCGCGCUCGACAGUGGUCGCGAAGUCGUCCUCGAGCGAUGAAGCUCCCAGGUUGACCCGCUCGAAAACGUUCACGGAGACGUUCAUGACGGGCGUGGACGUGCGCGCGGCGCUCGAUGCCGGGUUCGGGAGCGUCGCGCUGCUCGGCGCUACGGCACUGUCGUUGAUGCUGGCGAACAGCGCCGCAAGCGGGGUAUGGGCUUCAUUUUGGCACGCCCACAUCGGUCCGGCCGCGCUCGGGUUGAACAUGUCGUUGCAUCACUGGACGAACGAGGGUUUGAUGGCGCUGUUCUUUUUUGCCGUCGGGCUGGAGAUAAAACGCGAAUUCGUCCACGGGUCGCUGAAGAGCAUUAAGCAGGCAGCGCUGCCGUGCAUCGGUGCUUUGGGGGGUAUGAUCGUACCGAUGGGGGUGUAUUUGGCGCUGAAUAACCCGGCGAUGACGGCCUCGGCAGUGGUCGCCGGAUGGGCCAUUCCGAUGGCGACGGAUAUCGCCUUCGCCAUGGGUGUGUACAAUUUUUUCAAGAAUAAACUGCCGGGCGGCGUCGCGGCGUUCCUAUUGACGCUUGCCACCGUGGAUGACCUCGGUGCGAUCGCCGUGAUCGCGGUGUGCUUCGCCAAGUCGUUGACGAUGUCUUACAUCGCUGGGGCGGCGGCGGCGACUGGGGCGCUCUUCUUGGCGUGCAAGAAGGAAGUCACCAACAUGGCCGUCUACGCCGGUCUAGGUGUCGCUCUUUGGUACUGCCUGUUGCAGGGGGGGAUCAACGCCGAUGUCGCGGGCGUGAUCGCGGCGUUUGCCGUGCCCGGGAACGCGCCGGCGCCAGCUGGGAGCGACGCGACGCCCGAACACGAGGGCGGAGAGCCAACGCUCUUGGAUCACCUCGUGCACAAGUUCGCCCCGCUCUCAGCGUUGGUCAUAAUGCCUCUGUUCGCAUUGGCGAACACGGGCGUGCCGCUGGACGCGAGCAUGAUAGGCAAGGUGUUCACCGAACCCGUCGGCCAAGGCAUCAUGUUUGGCUUGCUCUUGGGUAAGCCCGUCGGCAUCGCGGGCUUGUCCUGGCUGGCUGUCAAGGCCAAGGUGGGAACGCUCCCGAACGGGAUGAACAACGUGCACUUGCUCAUCGUCGGCUUACUCGGCGGUAUCGGUUUCACCAUGUGCUUGUUCCUCGUCGAAAUGGCACUCGCGGGUAACGCGGCGGCGGCGAACACGGGCAAGCUCGCCGUUUUGGUCUCGUCCACGCUCGCGGCACUCAUAGGCGCCGGGUGCAUGGCUCGACUUCCCGACCGAGACGCCAAGUUGAAGACGGCGUAA